AUGAUACAGAUGCAUGGUGGAAACAAUGAUCAUGGAGCCGAAAACCACACGGGAGAAGAUCAACGCGGACGCGAGAAGUUUCCAAUGGCGCUUUCUCUGCCAAAGAAUCGUAGCACGGGGAAUUUGGCAGCCGCUCGAAACUCAUCGACCCAGGAUAGAAGCAGAGCACGAAUGUCUCUGGAUGCAUCCGCAGCAGCGGCAGCAGCCGCUGACCUUGAAGCUAUCGCCAGGUCUCCCAUCUUGACCGAUCACGAGCAUGGCCUAGGCCUCUCUGGGCUUCGACGAAUUAGACAACAACGCCCGCCAUCGAGAAACCCAACACUACCAGGAUCUCGAGCGUCUUCACGAAGCCCAUCUGUUGCCGCACUUACUCGGUCCACCUCAAUGAGUGCCAUGGCCGCCAGCGUAGGCAGCUUAUCACUUACAGGCGGCCCUGCAACUCCAAGUUUCGCUGACGACCUCUCCCGCUUUCCGUCCGAAUCUCUUCAUUCUUUCUCAUUCGCCAAUCAGUCAGAAGAUUUCCUACACAACAGACAAAAUGUUCUCAAGCGAUCUAUCGAGUUCAUGAAAGACCACAUGGGACUUCCCAUGAGCUCCUCGCAGGCUGCUCUUGCAAGUGCUCAGGCAAGGGUAAGCGGUGAUGUAGAGACUCAGAAUAUGCUUGACCUGCUAGCCCAGGCACAACUCAUCAGGGCUGGAAACUUGCCAAACCCCGACGAGUCUUAUACACCAGCACCUUUGACCGGCCCUGCCGAGGUUUCCCAGGAAAACGUCUUUGACAAAAACUUUAAUCCCCGAACAUCGAGUACAGAUUUAACAAGCCCUCACCAGACGUCGCCACCUCCUCGGAGGUCGAGGGUUGAAACGACAAGAAGAUCUAACAAUCUUGAACCGGUAGCCCAUGAAACUGGUCGGGAAUCGGAUCAACCACCGACAUCAACAAAUGAGAGCGAAAGUGCGAGCCGCAAGUCGGUGCCCGCCCGACCGAAGCUGACCUUGAAACGAACCAUGACGGAUAUCACAGCGGUUUCAGCUCAAGACAAGUUGAUAGACACAGUCUCCCAGCCAUUCUUGACAGGUCAGACCAUCUAUCAAGAACCGCUGAGCGCUGCGUCUUUGACGCAACUUCCCAGUGCCACGACAGCCAAUUUCCCCACUCAGUUAGGCCCUUCUGUGCAUGGUCACACGAAUCGCUGGGUACCCGCUGCGCAGGCAAUUUUUACAACAGAAGUUAAACCUCCAUGGACCAUCAUCGCAGCCAACGAUCUCGCCUGCUUAGUGUUUGGUGUGACCAAGGCAGAGGUACGCAAGAUGGGCAUCUUGGAGGUCGUCCAGGAGGAGAGAAGAUCAUGGUUGGAGCGAAAGCUUUUGAACCAGCCGGAUGAGUACAGCGAGGGCCAGGCACCUUCUGGCCAAGUUACGCCUGCCGCUUCAGCAGCUUCGGCAUUGCUUAAUGGUAGAUCUGGGAUAACAGCCCAGCUCCUAAGUAAGCCCAACUCAAGAACCCAGCCACGCAGUUACACGCAAAGACGUGCACAAACGGUUCACAGUGGCGACCCCAACCCCCCAAAAGUCGGAGGUGGCGGCCACGGCCAUAACCAAACUAAUUCAUCCAGAGGAGUAUUGCUGUGCGGUGACGUUGUUCCAAUUCAAAAGCGCAACGGUGCAACUGGCUCUGCGAGUCUCUGGGUGAAGGAAAAAAAGGUCGGCCUGAUCUGGGUCCUGGAAGAAAUUCACGAAGAUGUUGCUUAUAUCACAUUGGAUGAAGAGGGAAUUGUCCAAAAAGUAUCGGGAUCCACUGCUCCUAUUUGGGGAUUCGAGUCCAUUUCCUCUGGCUUUGACAUAGCGAGACUGAUUCCACGGAUACCUCGGCAAGGUAUAGACCCUAACACUGGGGAGAUUGAUUUUGCUCAAGCCACGAGGCGAAGAUAUUUUACAUGUCCUCACUCGCCUCACGUCAACAUUCCCUGUACUAUCGAGCAAACCCGAGGCAAGCUCGAGCUUCGAGUGUCGACGUUUCCUCAUAUGGCUGGAAUCAUUGUGGUGGAGCCCGAAUCUCUCAAAGUUCGAAGCUCGAACUCUGCCUUUUGCGGUGCACUUUUCGGAUUCGAAAGGGCGGAUGGAAUGUCGAUCAAUGCCCUGAUCCCAGAAUUCGACAAAAUUCUCGAAUCGUUGAUAGAAGAGGACGGUAUCCAGCUCCUCGAUGGUAUGGUAGUCCCUGAGCACCGUUUCAGAAAGGCAUCGGCGUUCCUUGCUCUGAAAGAAAACAGACCUGAUGCUGCGUCAGCUUUCCUCCACCCGGCGGGAUUAAGCGCGAAGCAUCGUGACGGGUCCGAUCUGAAGGUUGACGUUCAGAUGCGCGUAGUCAAGAGUGAAAAGAAGACCCUUGUGGUGAACGAGACUGUCGCUGAAGGCAGUGACGAAGACAACGCCAUUGGGAGUGAUGAAGCAACAUUCGAAGUGACCCAUUCAGAAAUAGUGUAUGCUUUGUGGGUUACAUACUCACGCCAUCUUCAUGGCACCCAGCCUCAUCUUGCCAUCGAAACUCCUACUCGGUCUGGUGCCCUCACACCCCUCCACCAACCAUCGCCAGGCCAGACUCCGGCCCAUACGCCUUUGGAGAUUCCCUCAGAUGAUGAGACGCCCCGAAAGAAUGUGUUGAAUGCUGCGAGCUCGCUCUCUAAGCAUCUGAAAGAUGCUGCCAUUCAUGCCGCUGCUAAGAUCACAGGACAACAAGCAAAGCCCAAGCCUGAAGAGGCACCACCAGUUCCAAAGGUUGUUGAGCCCCCACAUAAGAAAACCAUCAACGACUACACGAUACUUGAAGAAAUGGGCCAAGGUGCGUAUGGCCAAGUGAAACUGGCUCGGCAUAAGGAGUCGAACAAGAAGAUCGUGCUCAAGUACGUCACCAAGCGCCGUAUUCUCGUGGACACUUGGACCAGGGACAGAAAGUUGGGUACUGUGCCUCUGGAAGUUCAUGUUCUUGAGUAUCUUCGCAGGCCCGAGUUACGGCACCCCAACAUCGUUGAAAUGCAGGGUUUCUUUGAAGAUGACGUGAACUACUACAUCGAGAUGGUUCCCCACGGACUGCCUGGCAUGGAUCUGUUCGAUUACAUCGAACUCAGAACAAAUAUGGAUGAGGCCGAGUGUCGCAGCAUCUUCGUCCAAGUCGCAAAUGCUAUCCAUCACCUACACACUAAAGCAAAGGUGGUGCAUCGCGAUAUCAAGGACGAGAACGUGAUUCUCGAUGGAGAGGGUAACAUCAAGCUUAUUGAUUUCGGAAGUGCGGCAUAUAUCAAGAGCGGUCCUUUUGAUGUUUUCGUUGGGACAAUCGAUUAUGCCGCCCCUGAAGUUCUCGCUGGCAAGCCUUAUCGGGGCAUGGAGCAAGAUGUCUGGGCUUUGGGUAUCCUCCUCUACACUAUCAUCUACAAGGAGAACCCUUUCUACAGCAUCGACGAAAUCAUGGAUCGUGACCUGCGAAUACCCUAUGUCCUUAGCGAAGAGAGCAUCGACCUCAUCCGCUGCAUGCUAGAUCGAGAUGUUGCCAAACGCUACGAUAUUAACCAGGUGCUAGAGCACCCUUGGUGUCAGGCUACGGAUGACGAAUGA